GUGGAGAAUCCCGAAGUGCUGGAGCAGCACAGAUUUGGUCUGCAAAUGGCACUCCUGGGCCAGGGUACGCCUGAAGGCUUCGUUGACCAUGAGUUUCCAGCCCAGGCGCGGAGCAUUGAUGGCCUGCAGGGCCCGGCAGUGCGCCGGGGCCAAGAGACAUUGAUGGAGCUGCUCAAGACCGUUGACCAAGAGGAGGACGAGGAGGAUGAGGAAGCGACUCCAGAUGCACCGCGCUGCCCCUGCGGCCGGCGAUCGCGUCAAGGCCGGAUCCAGCUUCCCGGAAUCGUGGCCAGGCGACCCUACUUCCGCUGUGCUGCGCGGAACUGCCGCUUUUUCAGCUUCGGUGAGCUCUCUGCCACCCCGGAGGCCCAGGCCCUCUCCUGGGUGCGGUUGCGCACUGUGUCUCCGCACGUCAUGACCACACCUGGGCAGCAUUUGGUUGUGGUGGGGUGGGAUGGCUUCCGGCCGGAGGAUGCCCGGCUUGGUCCUCAGUGUGAGUCCUUGGGCAAUGCCCUCUUCGUUGAUGCAUUGGCCGUGCUAACAGAGCGUCCGAGCGCCCUCCCGAAGCUCUUGCCCAAUGCUACGGGAACAGCUGGCUGCCACGAGGUCCGGUUGUGCAUAGAAGGCAUUUGGCGAGCUCUUCUUAUCGAUGAGCGUAUGCCCAUGGUGCCUUCCAGCUUGGACAAGAAGAACUUUCAUGAGCUGCUGGCCUUUGGGCGCUGUGCGGGGAACCAGCUUUGGAUCCCUUUGCUGGAGAAGGCCUAUGCCAAAGCGCACGCAUCUUAUCAGUUCGCUUUUCCCGGUACGCCUCUGCAUGUUUUCCUGGAGGAACUGACUGGCAGUGUCGUCGAGCAAGUGGACCUGGGUAAAUCAAGCCGCACCAGUGCAGGAGAGUGCCUGGAUCCCAGUGAGCUUUGGGACUACAUGUUGCGUCACCAGCGCCAGGGCACCCUGCUGGCUUGUGUCUCUCGGCUCCCAUUGCAGACCUCCUCCCCUUCCGCUUUCGCAGUGCUGGACAUGAUUGAGGGCCAGGACAAUUCCAAUCGGCGUGGUUUUGGGGUGCCGGGGCGCGCUGUUCGCUUGAGGAAUCCGCGUGUAACUGGCGCAAAUGCGGCUGCAGUGUAUGAGCGCAUCCUGACUCUGCUUCGCGGAACGCCAGCCGAGGCCUCCACAUAUGCAGAUGGGUCCUUCUGGGUGCAGUUUACCGACUUCCUUGCGGCCUUCUCCCAGGUUUGUAUCUGCCAUGCCGCCUCCACAGGGGGAUCGUUGCUGCACACCCGGACCUUCGAGGGCGACUUCACGCCGGAGCGAGGUGGUGGCUGCAGCUCUCUUCGGCGCGCGACCGAGUGCGAGCUGCCGGCUGAGGCUGCCACCGCAGCAGGCAAGAAUGGCCCGGACCUGGGUGGUUUUGCCCUUCAGCCGCAGGGCCUGGCCGGGCGGCUCCGAGUCCAUGCCUCGCAGCCUGUGGAGGUCCGGCGAAUCGCAUCGGAGCACCUGGAGAGGGAAACGCCCUGGGAGCCGCUUUGGGCCCUGGCCGCCUCAGCAUCACCAGCACCGGCACUGGGCGGUGGCCUCCGGGAUGCCAGCUGCGUGAAGAGGGCUGUGCCCGUCGUGACAGCUGCAGGUCAGCAGACGUCGCUCACCGUGGAGCUGCUGGUGCUUCAGGCGGAGGGUGCCACUGUGUUACUGCUUGACAACACUCUUGCAAAACAUGCUUUGCUGUUCGAAGCGGUGGUGGAGGGCAAUUUUGUCGUCACGCAGACGUCUCGGGGCCCACAGCCCGGUGAUUGGUGUGAAGAGAGGAAUGAGGAUAGCUUCGCUGCUGGUGUCCGAACACAGUGGCGGCGCUUCAAGAUUGAAGAUGCCGUGCGGCCGGCCUCACGUCAAAUGGUCUCCAUGCACUUCGCGGUGAGCUUUGAGUGGGAGACCGAAGUGCUGAGCACCAAAGCUGCUGUCGUCCCAGUGGCCAUGGCUGGCGCGAGGCCCACAAAUCACCCCUUUGCUCCAUAUGCCAUCAGAGGCGAGGCUUUGUUGCCACCCGGCCUCGAGCCAGAGCCCCAGACGAGACCCUGCGCUCCUGAAGUGCAACAGCAGCAGCAGCAGCAGCAGCUCGUGCGGCCUUUCUUGCAGAUGUCGUACGCGCAGGAGUCCCGGGAAGAGGCCGAGCUUCAGCUAGCCUUGCAGAUGUCGCUGCAGGAGGUUCAGCUGGAUCAGCAGCCAAGAAAGCGCUGGGGGCGCCGCAACAAGUCCGAAGCAGUCGACAUAGAUACAGGCUGCAGUUGCUCCAUCUGCUGUGAGGCCAUGCAGACGCCUUCGCCGUUGCAGUGCUGUGCGCAGGUUUGCUUCUCGUGCGCUUCCCAUUGGGCCGCAGAGCAGGAAUCCCAGGGCCUCUCUGCUAUAGACCUCCGCUGCCCACAGUGCCAAGGCCAGCUUGAAGAUUCUGUGUUGCGGCAGCUGCUGAGCAAGGAGGCUCUCCGCAGGGUACAGGAGCGCUUGAAGACUGCAGCACCAGCGCCACGGCCCGCGCCGCAGCUGCCCGCCGCCACACUAGCAAGGCUUGGACUGAAGCAAUGCCCUGGCUGUGGGGAAGGCCUGCAGAAGGAAUCGGAAACAUGCCACAAGAUGAUCUGCCGCACCUGCCGUGCCCGCUUCUGCUUCCGGUGCCUCACGCGCUUGGAGUUCUUCAACUGCGGCUGCACAGGUGCAGAGCACCGUUUUAUUGACCCGGUGGACGGCCGUGUGCUUCUACACCAAUAA